UACACACAGAAAAAGCCCAACCCAAAAUCUCGAAAUCCUCUCUCACAAUUUUCUACUUUCCCCUUCCUCAAGGCACUCCCUACUUCCUUAGGGUUUUAACUACUUCACCAAUCACCAGUUCACCACCGUUUCCUUCCCUCUUCACACCCUUAAACCCUAUACUCAAUCCAAUCUCUCUCCUCAAAUCCUCCCCCUUUUACCGCCAUGGCAGGAAGUAGUCAGCAAGCAACCGCCGUCCUCACCUACAUCGCUAAAGCCGCCUUUGGCCUUGGUACCCUCGGCGCUGUCGCCAAUUCCGCCCUAUACACCGUCGACGGUGGACAGAAGGCUGUCAUCUUCGACCGUUUUCGUGGAGUUCUGGAAGAGACGGUCGGUGAAGGUACUCAUUUCCGAGUUCCAUGGCUUCAGAACCCUUACAUCUUUGAUAUUCGUACUCGGCCUCACAAUUUCUCCUCCAUUUCUGGUACCAAGGAUCUUCAGAUGGUGAAUCUCACUCUUAGGGUUUUAUCUCGCCCCGAUCAAAAGCGUCUUCCUCACAUUUUUCAAACUCUAGGGUUGGAAUAUGAUGAGAAGGUUCUUCCUUCUAUAGGUAAUGAGGUUUUGAAGGCUGUUGUUGCUCAGUUCAAUGCUGACCAGCUUCUCACUGAUCGUCCUAGGGUUUCUGCUCUCGUCAGGGACAGCUUGAUUAAGAGGGCAAAGGAUUUCAAUAUUAUUCUGGAUGAUGUGGCAAUCACUCACCUCUCAUACGGUGCAGAAUUUUCGAGGGCAGUUGAGCAGAAGCAGGUGGCACAACAGGAGGCUGAAAGGUCCAAGUACGUGGUUAUGAAAGCUGAUCAAGAGAAGCGCGCAGCAAUCAUAAGGGCCGAGGGAGAAAGUGAGUCUGCUAAAUUGAUUUCUGACGCAACUGCAUCUGCAGGAAUGGGCCUGAUUGAGUUGAGGAAGAUUGAGGCUAUGAAGGAGAAUGCUGCUACAAUGGGAAGGAGUGCUAAUGUGACCUACCUGCCCAGUGGAAAUCAAAUGAUUCUGGCGAUGAAUGCACCUGGGGCACGUUAAGAGCAAGGCUUGGGGUAUGAGUGAGGACUGUGAACAAAAUCCGUAUUGUAAACUGGAUCUGAAAAACAUUUUGAGCAUUGGGCAUUAGACUGAAUGGUCUUGAUGGUGAAUGAAACAUUGUUUAAGCUGUUGAUAUUUUACCUUUUGUUACAAUAACCGUAUGUAGCUCGAAUAUAUUGCGGUGGUAUCUGUUUAACCAUUCCUGUCAUGGUGGGAAUGCGAGUUAAAUGCUUCAUCUUGAGAAUUGGGUUCAAAUUGUGUUGGUUUUACGCUAUCCCAUCAAUCAUAAAGCUCUAAGAAAAUGUUAUGAAAAGGUUUUAGUUAAUUUGGUGAUGAAUUAGAGUCUUCGGUUUAUAGAAUAGAAUGGGUAUUUUUUAUCAAUUAAUGCUUGUAUUACUCUAGAAUUUGAAUCAUGAAAGUUAGUCUUAACUUUAUUCUGCAAACAGUUAUUUAUGUUGGUUGCCAAUAUUGGUGCA